GUCCUUCGUCUUUCCUUCCCUGACCUUCCCACUCCAUCAACCUUCCAACACCCCAUACACUCCCGUCCAAGCGCUGGUCGCCUGAAUUUCCCAAUAACUAAUCAUGCGCAUCAAUUUUACCGCCGCGGUCCUCUCAUUGGCAAUGGCCAGCUCCGUCUAUGCAGCCCCCGCUGCGCCUGUUCGCCUUGACAAGCGCAAUUGGGUCACGGACAAGCUGAAGGGCUUGCUCUCCGAAGCCUUGUCGACGCUCGAAUGUGGUGCGUGUGUUGCUGCACUCGUCGGUGUCAAAGAUGUGGGAUUGCUGAACAAGAACUGGGCAUUAGAUGCUGUCAACGAGCUUUGUCCUUCUCUCUCCAAGCAGUCUGCGGAUGUGUGCUCUGGCUUGGUCUACUCGCAAGGUUCAGUCCUUUUGGAUUCACUCCUGGCUGCAGACUUGACCGGUGGCGAUGGCAAGGAGAUUUGUUUCCAGAUCCUUGGUGCCUGCCCCGCCCCGGCAAUCGCCUCCGGUACCCUGACCUUCCCUAAACCCAGGCCCGCCAAUCCUGUCGUCCCUGCACCUAGCGGUAACCAGGUCGAUGUUUUGCACCUAUCUGACUGGCACGUUGACGCGCAGUACACCCCUGGCUCCGAAGGCGCAUGCAACAAGCCCGUAUGUUGCCGCAAGUAUGCCGAUUCACCUGCCAGCCCCACCCGCGCUGUCUCAUCUUGGGGUGACUACAAUUGCGACUCGCCCGUCAAACUGGGUCAGGAUCUCCUCAAAUAUGUCCCCACGGUCGCGAAGCCGAGCUUUGCGAUCUUGACCGGCGAUGUGCCUCCUCACGAUAUCUGGCUUGAGAACCAGACCAGUGUCGUCCCUGAAGAGGCUGCUGCCUACAAUAUCAUGGCUUCCCUCGGCAUCAAUAUUUACCCCACCGUCGGGAACCACGAGGCCGGACCACCAAACCUGUUCCCAACCAAGGCUUCUGGCGGUGACAUCUCUUGGCUGUACAGCAGCUUGGCUAACGACUGGUCUCAUUGGCUGCCUGCUGAUGCCGUGAACUCUGUCAAGAAUUAUGGUGCCUACACUGUCAGUCCUACUCCUGGCUUCCGCAUCAUCUCUCUCAAUACCAACUUUUGUUAUAGCAUGAACCUGUACCUCUAUGGUCAUACUAAAGACUACGACCCUAAUGGAGAGCUCAAGUGGCUAAUCACUCAACUCCAGGCUGCUGAGGAUGCCGGUGAGCGUGUUUGGAUCAUUGGUCACGUCGGUCCGUCACAGACAGAUUGCUUGCAGAACUGGUCCGCUCUCUACUAUCAGGUCGUCCAGCGCUACUCUCCUCACGUCAUUGCUGAGCAGUUCUUCGGACACACCCACUAUGACGAGUUCGCGCUCUAUUAUGGACCUGGCGCUAAGAGCACUCAGAACGCUAUCUCGACCGCUUGGAUUGGACCCUCAGUCACUCCAUACACUGACCUCAAUCCUGGUUUCCGUGUCUACAAGGUCGAUACUAAGAGCUGGAACGUGUUCGAUGCCCAGACCUAUGUUGCAGACCUCAACCAGGCCGCCUCUUGGGAUGCGUCUGGUUCGUCUCCCAACUGGCACCUGGAGUACUCUGCUCGCAAGGCCUAUGGUGCGUAUGCUCCCAUCGCCGACAAUGCUCCUUUGAGCGCGUCGUGGUGGCACAACGUUACGACCACGUUCGAGUCCAACUCUGCGGCCUUCCAGCAGUACUGGACCUACCGUGGAAAGUCCGCUAACAAGAUUGCGGCGUGUGCUACUGGCAGCACCUGUCAGACCGAAAUGAUCUGCGACCUCCGCGCCGGCAAGAGCUCGGAUUCUUGCACAAAGAUCUCGUUUGCACUGAAGAAGCGCGCAGAGGCCGAUUCUAGCGAUCACGGUCACGAUGAUUUGCCCCAGGCCAAGGAUACUUCGAGCUGGGGCAAGCUCUUCAAGCGUGAUUCCAAGCCCUGGAAUAAGAAGCUGUGCGGGACCUUUUAAGAGCCCUCUCCUCAGUAUUUUUUAGUUCUCAAUGUUUUUUAUCCGCAGCUUUUUAUCUGCGCCAAUGUUUCUCGGAAUAAAGUGUGUAGCGCUCACCUUUUAUUGCCAC